CCAUCACAUGCUCCCUCCCCUUCACAAGACUCUGACCCGAUGAAGAGCUUGGCCCUCUCUAUGGGAGAAAGAUCAUUUUUAGUAUCUGCACAGUUGUUUAUUUCACACCGGGAACCUUUAUUCAUGCGAGACUUUCAGUAAUUUCAUGUUUGGGGCGGUGAGUUAUUUAGGGGCGCAAAAAACUAGCCCUAAAAUGCCAAAGAAUUCACGCUGUGAAACACCGAAAACGGAAUUAAUGGCUCUCAUGUAAAGUCAUAUUUGUUUGAUUGUUUUUUUUUAAAGAAGCGAAUUGAAGAAUUUGGGAUAAAAUAUCCAGAGGUUAUAAAGUGAAGUCGGAACGGAGCCCGUAUAUCCCUGGUAUUUUACAAGCUCGUGUCCUAAGCCAUGGGGGCAUUUUUGGACAAGCCGAAAACAGAGAAGCACAAUGCCCACGGUGCAGGUAAUGGCCUGCGCUUUGGUCUGAGCAGCAUGCAGGGCUGGCGGGUGGAGAUGGAGGACGCUCACACAGCAGUGGUGGGCCUCCCGCAUGGCCUGGAUGACUGGUCCUUCUUUGCCGUUUACGACGGGCAUGCUGGUUCACGUGUGGCCAACUAUUGCUCAAAACACCUACUGGAGCACAUUAUUAGCAGCAGCGAGGACUUCCGGCCUGGUCGCGACUCGGUAGAGGGUGUAAAGAGCGGAAUUCGCUCUGGCUUCCUGAAGAUAGAUGAGUAUAUGCGCAACUUUUCUGAGCUGCGUAAUGGUAUGGACCGUAGUGGCUCGACAGCAGUGGGCGUGCUGCUCUCGCCAGAGCACCUCUAUUUCAUCAACUGUGGCGAUUCUCGUGCUGUGUUGUGCCGUGCUGGUCAGGUGCGCUUCUCUACUCAGGACCACAAGCCCUGCAACCCCCGUGAGAAGGAGCGCAUCCAGAACGCUGGCGGCUCCGUUAUGAUCCAGCGUGUCAACGGCUCUCUCGCAGUGUCACGUGCCCUUGGUGACUACGACUACAAGUGUGUGGACGGAAAGGGACCCACAGAGCAGCUGGUGUCACCUGAGCCUGAGGUGUUUGAAAUUCCUCGUGUUCCAGAUGAGGAUGAGUUUGUGGUGCUGGCUUGUGAUGGCAUCUGGGAUGUCAUGAGCAAUGAGGAGCUAUGUGAUUUUGUGCGCUCCCGUCUGGAGGUGUGUGAUGACUUGGAGAAAGUCUGCAACUCUGUGGUGGACACGUGUCUACACAAAGGCAGUCGUGACAACAUGAGUGUUGUGCUAGUUUGUUUGCCCAAUGCACCAAAGGUAUCGGAGGAGGCAGUGAGAAGGGAGGCAGAGCUGGACAAGUUUCUGGAGUCUCGUGUUGAGGAGAUCAUGGAGAAGUCAGGAGAGGAAGGCGUCCCAGACCUGGCUUGUGUCAUGCGCAACCUCUCUGUUGAGAACAUCCCAAACUUGCCACCAGGAGGUGGUCUUGCGAGCAAACGCAGUGUAAUUGAGGCCGUGUACAACAGGCUUAACCCACAUAGAGAAGAUGAUGGGAGUGGAGGUGACCUGGAUGACCCGUGGUAGCCAGAGACACCCACGACUGCAGUCUUCACACGAGAAUGUCCUCAGUUCACACAAAAAGAAAAUCUUUACUCUUACGUUUUGGUUUUGAUUCCAAGAGAUUCAUAGGAAAAUUCAAAGCCUGGAACGGAAACACAAACGCAUCAAAACACUUAUUUCGACAAUGAGGAAUCUACAGAAAUGGCAAGAUUUUUUUUUUUUUUUUUUUUAAAAGAACUGCACCAUUGUAUGGUAGAGAGAAAUAAUUUCACUUUUUGUUUCAUGAUUUUUUUUUUUUUUUUUUUGUUCCCCUUCCCACUGUAAGUUAAUAGAGUGAUGAGACUGAGGAUUUGUGACUUCUUGAACUGUAGGAGAGACUCUGGACUUAUUGCCUGGUGGACAGACUGCAGCACCAGUGAAAGCUCUGAGAGGGAGAGGCGAGGUGUUUGGACCUCUGUCAAUGAUGCAGGGUGCUCUAGCAUGAUGAGCUUCCCCUGCUCUUCCUCACCUGUCUCCUACAUGGCUCUCCUCUUCACUUUACGCAUGCACAGCUUUCCAGAGACAUGACCGAUAGGCAUUACUUAUUUCGGAGUGUUCACCAUGUUCAGCCACCAAAUGCCACCAACUCUACUUAAACCCUGCAUUUUACACUCUUCUCUGAUUUUUCUCUCGUUUGUCAUCCUCCUGCUUGAAUAUCCUUAUAUAUCUUUUUGCAUUUUGUUAGCAGUUAUAAUUUGUCAGAUGCUAGUUUUGGUGCUUGCAGUAAAAAAAAAAAAAAAAAGUAGCACUCAUUAGAACAAGUGUUAACUAGGACAAGUGCACUCAGCAGCUUGGGGGGAAAUGAACUACUGUAGGGAGUGUAAAUAUGGUGAGCUUUUGGGUGGCCUCGUGUGCUGUCCUUCCACUUUCUGUGGCACUCACUAUAAAACCGAUCUUAACAAUCCAGUUCUAAAGGAUCCUCAGCCGAAUCCAUAAUUUUAGCAUAUUCUGCAGUCUUUGAUUUAAAUCUGUUUUAAUAAGUGAAAUCUAUUUUUGUGCAGUAGAUGAUUUAGUACAAUUGGGGAUCCAGAAGAACUGGCUUCAAAGCCUCUUUUAAAGCCUCCAGAUCUUUUACCUUCGCAUUUCUCUACUUGUGGUCCUGACUUUGUGGCUUGCCUUCUGUUUUUUUGUUUUCCUCUAAAACCAAUGUAUUAUGUAGAACCAUUUAACACGAAACAUUUUAACUUAAUUUUUUAAACAAUUCUGCAUUUUAAAGCUUUUUUAUUAAAGCUUUUUUUUUCAUUAUGAUCUAUGGGUAUAAUUGGUAUUUUUUGCGGUUAGAUUUGGUUGCAGGGGAAUAGCAUGAUUUUGAAUAAAGUACUUGAGACAGUUGAGGUUGGUAGAGUAUUUCUAAAGGAAAUCCGCUGAACUGCAUGCAUGCAUAUAAUUUUGUGAUGUUUGCCAAGACAACAGUGUGCAGACACUACUCCAGUAGGACUCUAGUAGGUACUGGAACUAUUCAUGGGUGAUUUUUUUUUUUUUUUUUUUUUUUUCCUUUUUUUUUUUUCUUUUUUUUCUUCUUCUUCUCUUCCCCUCUCUCCUCACCCCCUUUUUUUUCUUGCACCCCCUCUUUGGCAAUGGGUUGACAUUUAUUUAACGUAACAGUAUUUUUGGUUUCACAUGUUAAUCUGUGCCUGUGAGAAUCCUUGGCAUUAAGGGGCUUGCUUGCAGGACACUUGGCUAUAGAUGAAUGUACCCCUUUGUUUACACAUUGAUGCAAACAUGCAUGUAUAGUGUUGAACAACUUCUGUGUUGCUCAUGGCUUUCAUGCCCAAGUAUCAAGGUAGCCUUGAGAUGUAUGUAUGGAUGACAAAUUAAAGGAAAAAUCAGUGGGUCUCUUAUGCUGUGGAGGGCAUUUUGUAGUAUGAAAGAUCUCUGUCCUGUUGGGAGUGGUUAAUUCAGGAAAGACUUCAGAAAAUGCUCCCAUCCACAGGGCAUGAGGAUGAGUUUGAGUUUGAAAAGAAUGUUGAUCUCAUGCUCUGACCAUCAGAGUUUCCAGAUUUCAACCCUGUUGCGUGCACACACAUGGGAGACUAGAAUUAUGUGUUACUGUCACUCUGCCCCACCAUCAUCAAAACACUUAUUGAGGUAGUAUAUUUUAUCAUCUCUCCAGGACAAUUUUAGAGACUGAGAAUCUGUGCUAAGGCCUGUUGAAGUUCUUCUGAUAGAAGAUUAUGGUGGCUUAACCUCCUUAAAACACAUUUUUAAAGUUUUUCUUUAAUUUGUCACCUGUCUGUGUGAUAAUCAGACUAAAUCCUGUUACACACUUGUCAUAUAUGCUCAUUUGAGCUAACUUUGUCCAAGCUAGAGAAGCUAUGACUUUUAUUCGAGGCCUUUCUUUAAAAAAAGAAAGAAAAAAAAAAAAAUUCUCCCCUCCCUUCUGAUUUCACUGACCUCACCUGAUCUGGUGUGCAGCUUUAAAAUGUGUCUUUCAAUUUGAGAUUGUUUGUGUGUGUAUGUAUAUAAAUAUAAAUAUAAAAAAAUAUAUAUAUAUAUUAAAAAAUAUAUAUAUAUAUAUUUGCAGUUUUAUUUCCCUCUGGUACAAAUAAAUUGCAGCUAUAUGCUGGAAAGCUUAAUUUUAUGAUGGUUAGAACUAGGAAAUAAAUUUACUAAAUGAAUUGAAAUGGCAAAAGAUAUAUUUUCUGCUGUGGGUGCUCACAGAUAUGCACCCGGUUUUUUUGUAUAUCUACAAUGAUUGAUUACUAGAUUGAUUGACUGUUGUGACAGAUUUUAUUUAUUCAGAAGAUGUGGCUUUAUGAGGUGUUUUGUGAGAGGGAGGUUUGAGAGGAGCUGGAAGGGGGAGAUUGUGAUGCAGGGCUGUCUCGCUUUUUUUUCCUCAGUCUAUUAAACUCUUGCACUCUUUCUCGCUCCCACAUUCUCUCUUCCUCCCUCACUCCAUCUCUCUGAUCUUCUCUAUCCACCUGCUAACAUCCAUGUAAUUAUAGUCCCCAGUACUAUGUUGUGUUUCAUUAGGAUACAGUGAACCUGAUCUGUUAUCAAUAAAGGAUUGUUAAAGGUU